GAGGCGACUGAAUUUCGCCGUGAGCGUGAGUUUUUCACACACAGCCGAAUGGAGUCUCCACUCCCAUCGGCUACUGCUACGGAGGUCACUUCGCCCUCUUCUGCGGAUGGUGCUGAUAACGGUACAACGACGAGUCCUACCUGUGGUGCCAAAUCAGGCUCUGCAUCAUCGACGUCCCAGAGGAACACGAUGUCCGAUUCUGGCGUCUUGGGUUCUUCGGUCCCUAGUCCUCACCCUUCAGAACAGAAACCGAAAGGCAUGCAGAAUUCUGGCCAGACCGUAUCUGGAGAUUCUGUCGAGGCUGCAGCUGAGAAUGAUUCCCAGCCCUGGCGAUGUUCGUCACAUGACGAACGAAAGCUCAGCUCGUCUUCGCCCGAAAUAUGGAGUAUGUCUCGUGGAUUGCUCAACUUGAACGUCGUAUUAAUGUCAAACGGCCGCAGUACAACGCGAACCAACCGACGUCUUCUAAUGAGAUUGACCUACGAAUCCCUUUAA